GGAGACGUGGGUUUGGGGAGGAAGGCGGAAGCGAUGGCGGCGGCGGCUGAGUGGGAGCCGGCGGGGUUGCUGCCGGCUUCGGGGGGCGGCCUUGACUGGGAGGCGGUGCUGGGCGAGGAGCUGAGCGAGCUGCUGGGCGCCGCCGAGCCGCGGCGAGCCCCGAGGGACGAGCCCGACGAAAAUGAUCUCUAUAACUUUCAUUUUGAUUUGGAUUUGAUGUCUUGGGACUCAGACCUUUGGAAUAUUACAGGCCAUGCUUAUGCAGAUACAAGUGUGAAGACAGAACCCUUGUCACCAGCCACUUCAAAUUGUUCCAUCCCUUCUCCGUCAUCGGUGGACUCUCCAGUGCAGAAUGUGCCUGAUGAUGUGGACUUCAGCUGUAGCUCCCAGAUGUCUCCCAUCUCUCUCUACAGCAAGAGCUGCAGAAGCCCUGCAUCCCCCGAAGGAGAUGGAGGGAAGAAGCCUGCUGUCAGCAUCACUUCUCGGUCUGCAAAUAAUUCUGCAAGAACUCUGAAGAGGUGUGGUCAGAUGCCAUCCAGGCCUUCGAUACAGCCCAAACCCCUUUUGCCUGCUGUACCCGAGGCUCAGGCUAACAUUGGUAUCCCAGCUAAAACCAUCAUUAUUCAGACUCUUCCCACGCUUGUGCCACUGCCAAAGCAUCAGCCAGUUGUUAACAUCCAGCCAGCACCUCCUAAAGGUCAAUCAGUGGUGCUCCCCCAGCCUACUGUGGUACAGCUCCAGGCUCCUGGGGUGCUUCCUGCUUCCCAGCCAGUCAUUGCUGUCCCUGGAGCGACCACACAGCUUCACAAUCAUACGGUGAAUGCAUUGCCUCCAGCUGCUGGAAAUGGCUCAACAAGCGGCAAAAUACCAGUGACUAAGCCCUUGCUUCAGAGCACCACACCAGCAAUGGGGCUGGAUGUCAAUGUCUUGAGAAGGCAGCAGCGCAUGAUCAAAAACCGGGAGUCAGCCUUUCAGUCACGGAAGAAAAAGAAAGAAUACAUGUUGGGACUGGAAGCGAGGCUAGAGGCAGCCUUACUGGAAAAUGAGAAACUCAAGAAAGAAAACAGCACACUGAAGAGGCAGCUGGAUGAAGUGGUAUUAGAGAACCAGAAGCUCAAAGUAUCAUCUCCAAAGAGAAGGACCUUGUGUGUGAUGGUGAUACUGGCUUUCAUAAUGUUGAAUUAUGGUCCACUGAGUGUAUUCGAAAAAGAUCCCAAUGGAGUUGAUUCCACUGUGAGUUCCAGCCACCGGACCAGAAAUCUUCUGGAGUUCUCAGCCAGCCAGGAGUCCAGCACAGCUCAGAAAAUACCUGAGGACAUUAUUCCUGAAAAGAGUAAUAGGUAUGAUCAUUCUGUGUCUGAUAACAAAGCACUGAUGAUAGUCUCGGAAGAACCACUGUUAUAUAUUUCACCACCGCCGCCCCCCUGUCAGCCCCUGAUCAACCGGACAGAGUCGCUGAGGCUGAACCAUGAACUUCGAGGAUGGGUUCAUAGACAUGAAGUGGAACGAACAAGGUCUAGAAGGUUGUCAAAUAACCAACAGCAGAAAGCCCGGGUCAUGCAGAGCUCCUUCAGUGAGAAGGCAGAUUCCCAGCUAAUGGCCAUGCCUUACACAGACACCAGCCUCAGCAGGAACUCAGGGAAUGAGCUGCAAGUGUAUUAUGCCUCUCCAAGGAGCUAUCAAGAUUUUUUUGAAGCUAUUCACAGAAGGGAAGAUACAUUCUACGUGGUGUCAUUUCGCAGAGACCACCUGUUAUUGCCAGCCACCACACAUAACAAGACCAGAAGGCCAAAGAUGUCUAUAGUGUUGCCAGCUGUAAAUAUCAAUGAGAAUGUGAUCAAUGGGCAGGACUACGAGGUGAUGAUGCAGAUCGAUUGCGAAGUGAUGGACACCAGGAUCCUCCACAUCAAAAGUUCAUCUGUCCCUCCUUACCUCCGAGAGCAGCGCAGAAAUCACACCAACACUUUCUACAGUGCGUCUCCCUCCGUCCCAGAGACACCCCAUGCCCUGAGGGCUAUUGUCAAAUCCCUGCAGUAGCUCCUGCGGCAUAGCUGCACGGCCUUUGCACCCAGCAUGCAGCAGGUCCUGCUGCCAGACUGAGCCCUUUCGCUGGCGGGUCCUCAGGGCUCCUGGCACAUCGGCACAGCAAGAGCAGUCCCCACUUAGCCCAUUCCUGUGCCUGACCCUAUGUAAUGGCUGCAUCAUGCCCAGGGAUUAUAGAGCUCAGCUGGCCCCUCGCCAGGGGCAAGCCCAGGGGACCGAUGCAGUGUGCCAUGUCCGGUAGCAGGGGUGCGGUUGAUGCACACUGCUGCAGUCCUGGUGUCAGCAUCAGCAGCUGGUGCCUGGGGCUGGCACCUGAGGGGCACAGGCCACCUUUGCUACUUAUGCACUGUCCAGAAUUGUGGGGUUUGGGUUUGUUUGGGGUUUUUUUUUUUGUGGUGGUUUUUUUGUUUUGUUUGGGUUCUUUUUGGGUUUUUGAGGUGUUUUUUUUUUCAUCCCUGUUAAACUGGCUCUUGAGGUGGGGUGCUGAGUUCUGGGGUCCUGCCCAGAGAUACUGCUGGGGAGGCCCAUGCUUGAGAUCAGGCUCCCCUCCUCCCUGCCCAGUGCAUUCGUGCAGCAGGUGGAAGCAGUAUCUGUCUCCCAGCUACAGGUGCAGGGAGAGCCACAGCUCUGCACCCAUGCCAGGCCUGCCACCCCAGCCCAGACCCUGCACCCCAGGAGCAGGAACAUCCCUCCUCUGCCAGCAUGGCUGUGCUGGUCCUGGUGGGACAGCCCUGCUCCUUGUCAAUCCCAUGCACGUCCACACACCUGCCCCGAAUCCCUGCCCGUGCAGCCUCCUUGAUGGGAAGCAGUGGGCUGCUGCCCAGGGUUGCAGCAGUGCCGUGGGGCAGCCCAGCCCCAGCCACCCAGCAGGGUUCUGGGAACCCACACUUCGAGCCAAAGCACUACAAACAGAACGACCCCCACUGCCACAAAGCAUGGCCUGGCUCCUAGGGGUCACCCUGCCAGGGGAGUCUGUGGGUUGGAUGCCGCAAGCAGGGCGCCCGGGUGCUACGGCACCUAGGCUGCCCUCCCAGGCAGUGUACACACACACGCACAUGCACACGCACCUAUGAAUACACACACACCCACACCCCUGCGUGGACUAUCCCACACACUGUUGCUGCUGCUGUCUUCCCCAGCCCACGCAGCCACAUGGCAAAAGGCUGGGGCUUGGUCCAAGAGUGAUGAUGUAAGUGUAGGACAUGCAUUUCUAAAGAUUGUACUGCUGUUCUUCCUGCCCUCCCCCGCUUUUUUUGGUUUGGGUUUCCCCCCCCACCCCCCCGUUUUUUCUUUGUGGGUUUUUUGGUGGGGUUUUUUUGUGAUAUUUAAUGCUUUAUACAGCAAAUGAUCUACAAAGCAGCACUGGCCCUGCUGGGGCAGAAGAGCUGCUUCAGUUCAGUGGGCCACAGACACAGCACCUUCCUCCUGAAACACGAACACACGCGCACACUCACACGCCCCUCUCUGCCUUGCCAGCACUGACAGCAAUCCCGUCAUGCAGCAGGGGAGCGUGCCAUUUGCCCCCAAGCACUGAGCUACCAGACACGGCUCUUGCUGCAGUCUGCUGCUGUUACAAAGCCCACUGCAGAGCUCUAUUAACUGGUCCCAAGUUUGUCAGCCAAGCCCUGGGCCAGAGCUGGGCCAAGGGGCUCCAGUGCACGGUGCACUGCGGUGCUCAGCUGGGAUGAGAUGCCAGCAGAGUAUCAGCCUUUUGUAAUGACUUCAGCAUGUUGCUUUUUUUUUUUCCCUUUGCAGUUAGCACAGAAGAUGCUGGGCUUCGGUUUGCCAGCCAACUGCCUUUCCUUCAUUGUCUGAACCGCUGACUGAUGUGGGUUUUUUAUUAUUAUUAUUAUUGUUAUUAUUAUUUUUGUGUGUGGCUGUUAGGAAAUAAAGGUUGAUCCUGCAGCAAGACAAACAGCUUGGGGAGGCAAGGAGGAGGAGGGUGAGGAGCAAUACACCCCUGUGAAGUAUGUGCCUUGCCAACACUAUGGAAAAGCUUUGCCCUUUGCCACGUAGUCAGUGCGAGCUGCACAGGCCCCCCGUCCCCUCGGCGCUCGCGCUGCUGGGAAGCAGCCGGGCUCGGCAAGGGGUUUGGCUGCGCUCCUUGCACCAGUUCUGUUUUCCUGGCCCUGGCCCCACCUGACUGUGGGCCAGCUCACACAAUAGUCAAAAAUAAAAACCCCAGCAGUGCCCCAGCCAGAGGCACGAAGCUCUCCCACAGCCCCAGGCAGGGGUGGCUGGCUGCUCUGGGGGAAACAUUUGGUGCUGGGGAGCUGGGAGGGGACCCAGCAGUGGUGGCUGAGCUUGGCACAGCCCAGCACAUUGGAAAGGGCUGGUGCUGGGGGCUCAGGGACUGCUGUGGCACCCCAUCCUCAGCCAGCACCCACAGGCUCCAGCUGUGGAGAGCACCUCUCAUCCUGUGUAGUUUUGUUAUCUAUGUCCUUAGCACUGAAGGCAAUAAAAUGGUUCUUUUAUUUA